GGAGUUCGACUUCUUACUCGGAGCUCAACCACUCUCCAGAAUACGGAGUAUAACUCUUAUCAUCACCUCCAUUAUUUCUGGCCUGUUCAAAGACAUUAUUGGACGAUUGUGUAAGAUUACAGGGAAUGGAAACUCGUCAUUGUUCCCGAGAAACCAAUCAAAGUCGGUUGAUCAACAAGAAGCCACAACAACACUCUAACCAUUUCUAUGAACAAAUAAACGCUAUGUUUUAUGAUUUUUCUUAUUCGUAUAUGUUUGUGCAUCCAACUGUUGUGAUAUUCAGUGGUCAUCAAAGUUGGUUGGCCACGCUGCUCGUGGUGCGAGCUCCAUUUGCUCUGUUUUAUUCUUUUUUGCUUCUCAAAUUCUUUGCCAAGCGUUAAGGGAAACUUUCAAAAGCAUCUUUCUUAAGUGAAUUCACGAUGUCAGUUCAAGAUAUACUUUCCGAUGAGGAGACACCUCUGCUCUCCCCACCGCCACAGCGAUCCAUCUACGCUUCAUUUUCUCGGCCGUUUCGGUCAAUUUUCUCUCAGGCACGAUCAUCAUCCUCAAUAACGGCGAUAGUACUUGUGACUUUAUUUUGGUUUGAGUUUGGGGCUUAUUUGAUGGCUGUACCCGUGUUGAGAGUCUACGAAGAUAUAAUUUGUCACCAUUACUAUGAUCGCUUACAGGGAGAGGGCUAUGUCGUCUUUGGAGGGGAUAUCGAUGAAAGCAUGUGUAAGAAGGAUGAUAUUCAGAAUGAGUUGAGUAUCCUAGUUGCCGGAACACACUUUCUUGGAGCUAUUCCAGGUCUUUUUCUGACAAUACCGUAUGGUAUGCUUAUGGAUAGAAUCGGAAGGAAGCCAAUUUUUAUGUUAGCAAUAACAGGCAUCAUCCUAAACUAUCUAUGGAACAUCUCAGUGAUGUGGUUCUGGCAUACACUACCCCUUCGCCUCAUUUGGCUUGGUCCCAUCUUCACAAUUAUAGGGGGAGGACCGAGUGUAGGAGGUAUGGCAUUUUUUGCCAUCGCCAGCGAUACUACUACCGAAGCCAAGAGAACUCAUAUUUUUUUCCUGGCGGCUGCUGCGGACCUUGUCGCACAGUUGAUCGCUCCGUCUCUAGCUGCUGUAUUGAUGGCCAAGUCUCCAUGGAUUCCAAUUUUACUGGGAAUAUCUUUUGUAACCCUCGGGAGCCUCCUCAUACUGUUCGUUCCGGAAACUCUACACAUGCAACAUCAGAGAACCAGUGUAUCGCAUGUGGCUCUUGCUACUUCAGAUGAUGGCGUCCCUCAUAAUUGCAACACAAAAACCUCGCUCUUCGCCACGAUGAAACACGAGUUUUCAAAUACGCUCCGAAUACUUCGAUCAUCUUUCUCAAUCCUCAACUCUGCGCCUCUACUUUUACUCCUUCUCACUUUCAUUGUUAAUCCUCUUACCAGCCAAUCUGUUGAUAUAUCCCUUCGUUACAUAAGUAACCGCUUUCACUUUCCCCUUCGUUUAAGCUCUUUUCUCUGGUCCCUCCGCGCUGCCGUGCAAAUAAUCUUAUUUCUCCUCAUUCUUCCCUUCCUAUCCAAAAUCAUGAUCAUUCGUUUCAAUAUUCCCUCCUCGAAGAAAGACCUCCACCUAGCCCGCACCUCUAUUCUCAUCCUCACACUUGGUUCGCUCUUGAUCGCCAUAGCCCCAAACCUCCCAUUAGCUAUCCUAGGAAUGGCAGUCUCUACUCUGGGGGCAGGAUAUAUCUCCAUAACGCGCUCUCUGAUAACAACGCUAGCUGAUCGACAGAACAAGGGACAGCUGUAUGCGGCAGUGGCAGUGGUUGAGACAAUCGGAAGGUUAGUCGCAGGGCCGGGAUUUGCGAAACUUUAUAUAGUAGGACUGAGGUUGAAAGGCGGCUGGGUAGGGUUACCAUUUUUUGGAAUGGGUAUUAUAUGUGGCUUGGCAGCUGUGGCGGUCUGGAGUGCUGGAUGGAUUAUGAGUAAGAGGAAUUGGGAGUGGGAAAAUGACAGAGGCGAGGUUGUGGGAGAGUCGGAUGAUGCUGAAGAAAAUGGCAUUGCAUGAACUGGCGAGGGAGGUUAAAGUAGAGAAGGUGAAUCAUGGGAACCGAUUAUCAGGAUAGACAUAGAAAAUCUUAGAGCCUUGUACCGUGCUAAUAAUAUGUACCUAUA